AUAUGAUGCCAUUUUGGGAAAGCCCUGGUUGUAUCAAAUCAACCCCCACAUUGACUGGAGAACCAACACCCUCUCCCUUAAUGAUGGACCGCGCAACAUCAAAAUCUCUGCCAGCACCUCCCGGACCACAAAGAAACCUGAGUGCCACUCUCUUCUUAUUUCCAGACACCAACUUGUAAGAACACCUGCCGACGAAGAAAUAUUUGCUGUAUGCGCCACCUCUGAAGAAGUCACACCCAAGGAAACAUACCUCUCUCCUGAAGAAGCCAUCAUAUUAAAAGAGUUUGCUAAUGUUUUCCCUGCUGAACUGCCCAAUCAGCUGCCACCUAAGCGAAAAAUUGACCAUGCUAUCGAUCUGGUACCUGGAGCCGAGCUACCCUCAAGACCCACCUAUCGGUUGUCCUAUGUUGAGAUAGACGAACUUAAGAAGCAACUCGCUGACCUCACCGCCAAGGGAUUUAUUCGACCCA